AUGCGACCCAGUGCCGCUGGGGCUUGCGCAGCGCUCGCGAACGUCAGCGCAGCGCUGUUGCCCGAAACAGGCAUUCCGAAAGCCGGGAGGGAGUGGGUAAAAACGCUGCAACUCACAGCAUCUCACAGCUUCGUAGGCCUGGGCCAUUUCUUCGGCCGCCAGCCUUUUUGCAUGGCAAGGCCUCCGGUGCCGGAAGGCCCUCCCAGGGACAUGAGCCGCAAAAUUCAAUUGUUUGGGCGCAGUGAGCCGCAGGAUCGGCUUCCACGUGCAUCUACGAUCCAGCAUCUUAGCAGGCGUCAGGCAGAAGAUUUGGAGUCUGAGAGCGGUCUGUUCCGCCCAAGGAUCGAGCCCGCCACAGACGCGGAUGUCCGCCCAGCCGCCGAGGUUGCAGUGCGCUCCUUGCGCUGGACAAAAGGUCCUCGUCGGAGCACGGGAUGGCUUGACGAGCCGAAGUUUAAGGAUGAGGACUACGCUUUGCUCGCCGGCCGAGAGGUGCAGGCUUAUCGGAAGCUGUAUUUGACGGCUACUCCGUAUCCGAGCACACUUCUGGUCGCUAGACUUCGACAGACAGAGGCUCCCAAGAAGGAGACCACCUCGUGGUUUGACUUCGGAGGAUCAGGCAGCACUUCUUCCAAAGUGGUGGGUUGCGUCGGCUGCGAAGUGAAAUGCUUCAACAUCUUCACUAAUGAAGAGCUUCCAAUUUUCCGAUCUGAUGGUGGCAGAGAGACCGUGCUGCGGCCAGUGAUGGCAGAUUUGGCUGUGUCCUCUGAAUGCCAGGGAAGAGGUAUCGGUCGAAAGUUGGUCGAGAAGCUAGAAGAAAUGGUGCUCGAGGAGUGGGGCUAUGAUGAGCUUGUGUUGCUGGUGGAGGCGACGAACUUCCAGGCCAGAGGAGUCUAUGAGCGUUUGGGCUACCAACUUGCGGGGAUCAGACUCGGACAAGUCACAACGUAUUUGGAUGCCAGCGAACCCCGCGACAGCACUUCCCGCGUCAAAGAACGCACAACCGUGGCAUUUCUGCUGCGGAAGAGCUUGAAGCCUUUCCCUUGGGGGAAUCUCGAAAACCAAAACUGGGGCCUUCUCCUCGCACUGCUGGGCGGAACUGCCUACUUGCAGAGCUCAGAUGGCGAGGAGCUGCUUGGCCUUCCUCUGGAGCAGCUCUUCAGAUACGCGUCAGACGCGGGGCUCGCGCUCCCCUUCCCCUCCUUUCCGGUUUGA